AAAGUAGAAACUUGAGAAUCAGAGGGAAUUUUAAAAAAAAUAAAUAAUGGAAUUAUUUUAUCUUGUUUGCUCAAUCGUCUCCACUUCCUUCACCUCUCUUCUUCUCUCCCUUAUCCUUCCCUUUCACGCUCUACUGCCACGGCGGGGAUCCUCACGCGCCGCCUCUUCCGUCUCCAAUGACGAAGCUGAACCCAUAUCUCUCUACGAAGGCACCGUGUGGCACCAACGUCGCCACCCCGUCAACCAUUCCUUCCAUUACCGGGUUCGCUACGCGCUCAUUGACCUCGACCGUGCACCUCACGCGCCUCGGGACCAUCUCUCUCCCCAUGAAGCUCGCCAAAUUACCCAUACCAAUGGACCCAUUUUGCUCUUGACAAUCCCUCCUAGUGUGGGUUAUGAACAGAAUCCUUUGAGUGUGUAUUAUUGCUAUUCUGUUGAAGGUUCUACUAGACGAUUGAUGAAGUGCAUUGCUGAGGUAACAAAUACACCAUGGGGUGAAAGAGUAUCUUUUGUGUUCAAUCCACACUCUGAUCUAGUAGCCAAGGCUUUGCAUGUCAGUCCUUUUAUGGAUAUGCACGGGAGUUGGAAUAUCAAAGCAAAUGAUCCUGGAGAGAAUCUUACAAUAUCAAUUUCAGUUCAUCAUCCUGAUCAUGGAAACUAUUUUACUGCCAGUUUGAAAGCUAAAAGGCUGUGCUCAUCCACCGAGUCAGAUCAUGCAGUUUUCUUUUGGUUGAUGCCUCAUAAAGUUGCAGUAUGGAUAUAUUGGCAUGCUGUAAAACUCUGGUGGAAAAAUGUACGAUUUGUCCAACACCCUAAAUAUAGCGAUCCAACAUACAGGGAGGAAGCUUUGAUACGGGAUAAUAAACUGCAGUGUUGUGGAUUGAGUGAUGAUAAUAGACAUCUGCAACAAAGAGGAAGUGACCAGGGUUGUUUAGCUGAAGUAAGUUCCGAAAACCGGUGGUUUAGAUGGAGAGAUGCUAAGUGGCCAUGGUCAUAGAAAAUGAGAAAGUUGGGUUUUCGGUUUGAAAAUUGCGAAGCAAUGUUGGUGGUCAGAGGAUUGCUGGAAGUUUUUAUGGAUGAACCAACAACAACGAAAGCUAUCGUCGUUCAUAGUGAUAUAUCAAGAACCUGCUCUAAAAUCAUUUUUACCGUUAGUAAUUCUGUCAUGGACCUUGAGGAAGAAGAUGUUGGCUUGUUCUGUUUACAAAAUUUAAUUCAAUUAAGUUGCAUUAAAUAGGCUUGGCUAAAAGUUUACUCCUAUAUA